CAGCUUGCACAGGGGUGGGACAGGAGCUGAUAAGAAACCAGGUGCUACUGUGUUAUCUAAUGACGAAGUCAGGACAACGGUCUGAUCCGUCCUCUGGGUGCAAAACAAAUUAACCAGCGGGUCAGCUCAUGGCAGCCUGCUCAGACCUGUGUAGAGUAGAGCUGGGCUAGCUUCUUUUUUUCUUCUCCCUAGUGCUGUUCCUCAGCUGUCCUGAUGCUAAGAGCAGUUUUAACAUCUGUCACGUGCCUCUCUCUCCCCAUUGCCUUCCAAAAUCUGUCAUGCCCUGACACCUUGCCCACAGUGCCAGGGACUCGCCUGUGUUAUAGCACAGCUUCUUCAGUACAGAUACCUCCUCCAGUUUUAUGCUUUCAAGGUUAUUGCUAUUGUGGUUGGGGUCAACCAAUAAUCAGAAAGGAAGGAGUUUGUGCUGGGAGUUUUCUGACCUAAGUGGCUGCAUGGAGGGACAGCGCGUCUGCCUGUGACACGUUGUCCCCGGGUGCUGCCACAAAGCCUUCUUGGAGAACUGUAAUGCUCCAAUAUCUCUUUGACUGUCCCAGUGCCUAUAAUCAACCCAGACAAGUUGGAAUUGAGUCCCCCAACCCAGGAACCCCAAGACAGUCACCGCUCCAACAGUUCCCAAGACAGGACGGGAGCUUCCCAACCCCUGCGGGGCCACCCCACCCCACCUCCAGCUGCGGAUACCUCAAUGAAAACAGCUCUGCAUACCAGCCACCCGUGGAGAUGUGCCGUCCCUUCCCCUCCUCCCAAGGCAUGGCCCAGGAAGAUCCCAUUGCCUACCGGCGCCAGAUGUCCAAGUCCCACAUCCAGUACCCUCACCAGGGCUUUAAACAGGAGUACCACGACCCACGGUAUGAGCAAGCGAGCCAGGCGGGCAGCAGCCGUCCCUACCCAGCGGCUGUGGUGAUCAAGCAGGAGCGCGUGGACUACAUGUACGACUCAGAUGUUCCUGGCUGUCCUUCCAUGUACAUAAAUGCUGAGAGUUAUCCAAGCCAUUCAAAUACAGAAGAUCCAUUAGGCUGCAGCUACGACAAGCAGAUGAGGUCCUUCCCAGAUGAUGUCUGUGUUGUCCCAGAAAAAUUUGAAGGAGACAUCAAGCAGGAAGCCACCGGGUACCGGGAAGGACCUCCAUACCAAAGACGAGGAUCUCUCCAGCUCUGGCAAUUUCUUGUGGCUUUAUUGGAUGAUCCAACCAAUUCUCACUUUAUUGCCUGGACGGGUAGAGGGAUGGAAUUCAAGCUCAUUGAGCCAGAGGAGGUUGCCAGGCUGUGGGGUAUCCAAAAAAACCGUCCAGCCAUGAACUACGACAAACUGAGCCGAUCCCUUCGCUACUAUUACGAGAAAGGCAUCAUGCAGAAGGUGGCUGGAGAGCGCUACGUCUACAAGUUCGUGUGUGAGCCCGAAGCCCUGUUCUCUCUGGCCUUCCCUGAUAACCAGCGGCCAACUCUGAAGGCAGAGUUUGACCGGCAGAUCAGCGAAGAGGACACCGUGCCCCUUUCUCAUCUGGAUGAGAAUGCCACUUACCUGCCGGACCUUGGGAGCCUCCCUCCACAGCUUUACAGCAAAGGCUACACGUACUAGUAUUGCUGGAGCACUGUGCCACCCUUGCUCUGUGUGUAAGGAGAUGUCUGGAUAGUAGUCAAUGAGUAUAAGCAUUUUUCCAGGCCAGCCUAGGGUGGCACUGAACUACUAAUCCCUUGGUCAGCAGAAGUGUCCAGGUACAGAAGUGGAUCAAUCACCUGACAGGGUUCGGGUGUGCUUUGCAACCCUCAUAUAUGUCAGGCUAGAACUUGUUCUCAGUGAUGCAGACACCUUCUGAGCAGCAGAGCUGCCACUUCAGCAGCGUAUCAGGGAAUUGCUGCCUCCAGUCAGAACAAACCGAGCCUGUCACAGUCCCUCUCUUUGGCGAGGGAGGAGAUGCUGUCCUACUGGGCUUUAUUUCAGAUGUGAGGAUGCUACAAUGCUGCUGUUGUUGCCUCAAUUCCUCCAGUAUGUGAACUGAACCUCUGCAUAACCUGCCUGCAGCAAGCGAUGGCUCUGACCCACACAGACUCACCUCUGCGAGGCCAAUCUUUCCUUCUUCCCAGGAUGGCUGCAACACCGUGGUCACAGAUCAUGUGCCUUCCCUGUCAACUGCUUUGUGGGAAUGGGGACUACUUCUUGUCUUGUAUGUGCAUGCUUCUGCCUUAUCACCUCCUGGCUCAUAACACUUCAUGCUGGGGCCAUUUGGUAUUUAGGCACUCGAAGCAGGGGAGCUGGAGGCACCAGGCAGGAUUAGAGCAGUCCUGGAGUACAACAUACUAUUUAUGGGAACCACAGAGCUGUCUGAUGGCAUCGGUGUGGGGCACAGGUCAAAGCCACCAUCACCUUCAGGCAGAGGAAUUGCAGGAGGCAGAGCCACCAGUUCAUUGUAGUAUUGUGGCUUUUCUGAGCCAAACAGUUUCUUCCACAACCAUCCUCAGGAUCUUUGAAGACCUAUCAGGCUCUUGAAAGUGCCCAUCCUGAGCUCACCUAGAAAAUCACCCAAGGCAAGAAAAGAACCUGGUGGAGGUGUGUUAAGAAAAUGCCUUACAAAGUAACCUAAACCACAUGUAGUGCUUAAUAUCCGAAUUUAGACUUAACCUCCACGGCUGUUUGCAUGUUUGAGGGAAUCCUGAUGUGUUGGAAAGGCAGCUAUUGUGCAGCACGGGCAGCUUAACUGGACUUGAACUGGUUUUCCACAAUAGUGAACAAUUACAAUGGGCACCACAUCUUCACUGAGAGGUGCCUCACUUUUGAAUUAGCAGCUCAGGCUGUGUCUCCAUACACACAAAGCCUGUUUCCUACUGCUUCGGGCUGAUGGUUCAGCUGCUGAGUACAGAGCACUGCCAAUGGGGUAGCCUGGAGAGGGAAUUCUGUAUAUUGUUUGAAAGCCUAAUUUCCCCCCGAUGACUCUUCCCUGCAUGGCCAAUGCCAACCCUUCCAGCCUUGCAUGAGGUCCAGGAAAGGCAGCUCUCUCUGCCUGGGCAGAGGGCAGAUACUUGGAGCAGCCCGCUCUGCCGACACCUUUGCGUGCCCUGCGUGAUCCAGAGCAGUUUGUGGUCCUCUGGCCUCACCCUGCUCUCAUCUGGCAAGCACACUGCCUCUGGUAGCCCAGCAGUGAGGGUGAAAGGGAACCCUCCCAUUAGUACAAGCUGCCUUUACUAUUUAUGAGUGUAAAAAUACUAUAAUUAAUAAAUUGGUCUAUGUCUUUGGCAAGUGCACCUUCAUUCAGCCCCUGGCUCGUCUUCCCUUGCUCAUCUACUUGGCAUCAGCUUGCAGUUUUGGGUAGCUGAUCCAGGGAGUUCAGGGAUGUGUGGUGACUUCUGAAUCUUGGUGAGGCUCAAGAAACAAAUGCUUCACUCCCUUGACAUCCUUGCAACCAGGAUUGAAAGAUCACAACCAAAUACAUAACCUCCCGCUGUGCCUGGUGGCAGGAGAAGGGUUCUCUGCAGCUGCAGAGAUCACCCACACUUGCACACUGUGUUGGCCAUCAUGGUUUUAGUUUGUCCCUGAAGUUCAUCUCUGCCUUGAGCAGUGACACUUCCAGUUUGCUAGCUAGAAAAGCAAGUGUUACUACCAGCUGAGGUGGAGCAAAGAUCAGGACAGCACAGGGCCCAGCAGCAAUGACAGAGGCAUAGACGAGCGCCCAACCAGGACACAGCACCCACGUGGGACUCAGCGAAGGCAAAAGCAGGGACAGGCAUUACCCUGAGGUGGAAGAACAACCUCAUAUUGCACCUUCCUCAAGUCAGAUACCUCCUAAGGGACAGAUUUGUGCCUUCUGGAGACAAAAUAUUGAUGCACGCUGUACCCUACUGCAACACUGUGUUUCUAAUGAAUGAGACUAGUAGCGUGCUUUCAUUCGGUAUCUAAAUCUGCAAAAUUCCCAAUGAUUUCACAUUUAUCCAGUAUUCUUGGGGCAACUCUCUGCCCAGCCCCUCUUCCUUCCCAGAAGGGACUUCAGGGAGCUGGUUCACAUUUGGAUGACAUUUCAGUCCUAUGUUUCACCCAGGUUUUUCAGGUCAAUGCAACAGAUCGAUCGCUACAGAGCAGUUCUGGGAAUCAGCAAGAUCAGGUUCUCAUAAUUGAGGGGCAGUGGCCUCCAAAGGGCAGAGAUUUAUAUCCAGAUCAGAGAGCUGGGAGUCAAUAAACACACCCUGCCCUUGCAGCUCAGCACGACAGAGAGACAGCUGAGUAGGAAAAGUUGUUCGAGGUAACACACACAGUGUCCGGAAUUUCUCAUGCUGGUCCUGGAAGCGUCAUCCCCAUCCCACCACACAGAAGAAGUUUCAUCUUUGCUAUCUUGCUGCUCACGCUCCCCUUCAUGCAAGAGUUGCAACAACUCUUGCCAUGGACAGCAAGCUGCCUUUUCCUGAGCUGAAUGCUUUUGGCACUUGAGUUGGGAGAAGUGUGCGUUCCUGGGUGAAAGCAUUCACAGCUGGGGUAAAACAACCUUAAUUCCUUUUAGUAGGCAUGUUGUUAUUGUGUUGAUGGUUGGACUUGAUGAUCUUAGAGGCCUUUUCCAACCUUAACCAACCUUCUAUGAUUCAGUAUCCUUUCACCACGCAAAUUCACAGCCAAACAUUGCUCUAUAUCAGGUGCGUAAGAAAGACAUCAUUCUCCUUCACAGAAAACCCUCUAAAGACAGAAUUCUGCACACAAGAAACACUCAAGAGAUCCAGAUGCAAGUGUACUUAACAUUCUCACUUUUUUACUAUUCUAUACCCAUUAUAUUCAAGAUUUAUUCCAGCAGCUUAUUUAUGAGGAUGUGAUGAAGUCUUGGGGCCAGCAAGAAAUAAACUCUCAGCAGUCAUUGCUUCCUAACGUAAUUUUGUCUAAAAUUGUUUCUUCCCUGUGGUUGCUGUUGUUGCAACGGCUUUGCUGUUACUCUGCUCUACAACAGCACAGAGCCCAGCAGGAAGCACCAUAAAUCUGUUACCCAGAACAUUUUCAAAGUUCAUUUUUGCUCAUAGUAAAUAAUUAACACGUUAUGUUACAGCGUAUGCCAGAUGUACCCUUACAGUGAACCAUCUAGGGCAAAGGAACCACUUCUCAUAUUAACAGGCUGCCGAGCUAACGGGUGCAAUUUGUCGUGUGAGACUCACCAGCUCCCUGCUCUGCUGGGCCACAAACUUUGGGCUUUGCCACAGCUGAGCUUCCAGCAGGGAGAGAAGUAGCUCCUGCACAACCCUGUUCAACUCUCCCACAGAGGCUUCCAUAAGACACUCUUGGGAGAAACUUGUCCUUGCUCUGCUCCGCAUUCAGGCUUGGGGAUGAGGGGAUCUAGUUUUGAGCCAAAUACACCAGCAAAUCCAGGAUCAGUGUAGCCUGGCUUCCCUGUGCGCGGACAGACCAGCCAGAGGAUUUAUGUCUGUUAUGGAACAUAUGCACCCAAAACGCAUUUGCUAAAAUCAAGUACUCGCUCACUGUAUUCCCAGCUGCCCUGAAAGAACAAUACAUUCAUAAAUGAAAAAUUCCAUGCGAGUGCUAAGGGGUCGGUCUCACAGCCUUCUGCAGUUGCCACAGAAACCUCACAAAAAUCGAACUACUGAAAAACAAAACCCCCAUUGUGCAAGCAGCAUGGUGUUGUCACACCGGUGCUGGUAACAAGGCCAUUAACAAGGUUACGGUAGUCACUGUAACAGAGAGAGCAUGUGUGGGGCUGCCUGUAAAAAUCAUAUUUAUCUUUCUUGCAUUAAAGGCAAAAGGUUAUUUUGGGUGUUUGAGUACACAUGAAUGUGUGAGUUAUCCUUCUGCUGUGAAUCCUUUGUUUGUGACGAUCGGCUAACACGUGGAAACCGGCCUAUGGCACACGCUGCCAGAGUCUGAAACAAGGAUUAUUUGUUCCAUUCACAUCUCCACAAGUGGAAUGAGGUCCCCAGCCCUGCGAGGAGCACAUCAGCCUCUAAGGAACCCAGCAAUGCGCAGCCUGUGCUACUUGCAUUAAAGUUCCACAAACCACCACCUGGUCAAGGAAUAGAGAGGUCACAUACAGCUCAGAAUUCCUGAGGAAUCAUUCAGCAUUUCACACUGUUCCUCAUUCUUCCAGGAGAAGGGGAAAAAAGAGCAACCAUAGCUUCAGCCUUCAUCUACAUUCCUUUUCUCUCUCCCAAAGGCUCGUGCCGUUCUGCCAGCCUUGUG